CUGUCAGUGGGCUUUGUCAUUAGUCAUUUUGUUUCAACAGUGCUAGGGUUUAGACUGUAAUCGCGACUUAUGGCGCAAAAAGUGAAUUGGAAGCGAAAGUGAAAGAAAUAUUUUUGCGGAGAAAAUUUAACAAAUACUGCAGGUAUUGUAAAUAUCUUAUAUUUUAUUUGAAAAAGUGUUGAAUUUUAUUUUAUUCGCAGGUUCAGAUAUCCAGGGAGAUUGAAAUCCUGUUCCAGAGAAAAAAAGACAGCGUUGCCUUUUCUUCACGGCCAUUUUGAGCGCGUUUUUACAGUGUUUCGACCAUUCGGAACCACGGUCUAAGGUCACUUCGACAAAGGCGAUGGAGUUGAAGCAUCAAUGCCUUCCCGGGGGAGUACCGUUAGUCGCUGAUUGAAUAUCGAUUGGAACCGAAGAAGCCUAAUUGGGAAAAAUUCGCGAUGUCAGAAAUACCUUCGGCAAAAAAUCAAGAAAAAUCCAAAAUCAGUCCGGCUUGGGAGUUCUUUAAAAAAAUUGACGGGAACAAUGUACAAUGUAAAUUAUGUUUGCAUAUUCUAAGUUUUUGCCGCAACACGAGCAACAUGCUCAAUCAUUUGACAUUCAAGCAUAAAAAUUUGGCCAUCUAAAUUCAAGGACGAAAAAGAACAGCAUCACAAGAAUCUUGAAUUGAUACUACUCCCAAAAUGGGUCCACGGCAACAAACUAUUACAUCGGCUUUCGAUCGUCCUUUUUCAUACGGAGCUGGCGGUACCAAAGGAAAAGAAAUAACAACUUGUGUCAUGUACAUGGUGUGUACGGAUAACAUGCCUCUUUGUACAGUAGACAAGAAAGGAUUUCGUCAACUAAUGAAAACUGUAUGCCCACUAUAUAAUGUGCCGCACGAGACACAGUUUCGCGAGAUCCUGAAAAAUAAAUUUAUAAAAAGCAAAGAAAUUGUCAGAAACCGCCUCCGAUCGAUCACAAGCAUCUGUCUAACGACAGAUGUUUGGACCGAAAUGUUAAACGUCAGAAGCUACUUGGGGAUCACUGGGCAUUUUAUUCAUGAUUCUCAACUACACUCCGUUUUGCUAGGAGUUGUUGAAUGCAAACAAUCGAAAACAUCAGAAUACAUUGCGAAUCUGUUGCGGGUUUGCUGCGACGAUUGGGGUAUUAAAAACGAAACAAUUUCUUGUGUAACGACCGAACUCGGUGCAAACAUACAAGCAAAGCAGUCCUUGUACAAAGAAGCAUACGCAGCUCGGAUGGAGCCGGUCAUAGAAGAGGAUAACGACGAUGAACUGGAUGGUGUUGAGGAUCAUUGUACGAUAGAGGUUUCCAUUACACCAGAGAAAAAUAGGAUAUAUAUAAUCAAGAAGAUGAAAACAAUAAUCAAGUUCUUCAAAGCAAGUGAAACAGCCACCAGAGAACUGAUAAAACUGCAGUUGGCCGAUAAUAAAAAGGAAGGACAAUGUCUAGGACUAGUGUUGGAUGUCCGAACACGAUGA